CAUCAAACAAGUCAAAGUGAGACAGGGAAAGGGUAGGCCUUGUCUUGGGAGAUUUUUGCUCCUCUAGCACAGAGAGCGUGAUGUCAGCGGUGGCAGUACUGUUGUAAUUGACUUGGUGGGGGUGAUGGCGUCAUUUUAUGCCCUGGUGUAGCCUCCUGCUCCAAUAGCGAAGGGGAGACGGAUCUUUAGCCGACGCGACCGUGGCUCCCUUGGCCGGGAUCGAGCACCGCCGAGCCGGACACUUCACGCCGGGAAACAUGGAGGCUGUGGCCGAGGAGCUGCGGGCCGGCUCUCGGGUGCCUGUCACUAUCGAUCAAAUACUUAACGAUACGCUGGUGGUGACGCUUACCUACCGGGAAAGGAGCUACACGGGGAUAUUACUUGAUUGCAACAAAAAGACUGGGCUAUUCUGUCUACCAGAUAUCACAGAAAAACCUGGGGACUACCUGAUAUCUAAACCUGCUUGUGAAAUCCCAGAAAUUCUGAGUGAGGAACCGGUUUCCAAAUCACUCAGCCAGUCUUCACACAGACCAAAGGAUGAAAACACUCUCCCUGAAAGCAGCAUACCAACUGCACCCCUUCCCUGCCCCGUACCAACACCAGUUCCAGCUGGACAGACUCCUUACCCUCCUUAUUUUGAAGGAGCCCCCUUCCCUCAGCCAUUAUGGGUGCGCCACAGCUACAGCCAAUGGGUACCUCAGCCCCCUCCGCGACCAAUCAAGAGAAAGAAGAGGCGAACACGAGAGCCUGGUCGCAUGACCAUGAGUACUAUCCGUCUGCGGCCACGGCAGGUACUAUGUGAAAAGUGCAAAAACACACUGAAUAGUGAUGAGGACAGCAAAGAUGGCAUGAGCAACACUAAGGCUUCUAGAAAAGAGAAUGCACUGCAGAGCGAUGAUGAUGGUGACGACAAGGAUACCCCCUCUAAGCUGUCGAGAAAGGAAGAUGGAGUUGCAACCAAGGACACUAAGAGACGUGAAAAUGGCACCAGCCUUGACAACAAGCGCCUCAGGAAGGACAAAAGGGGGGAGGCUGAAGGGGAGAAGUUUCCCGGUGGUGACGUUAUCCCCCACAGUCCUGUCAUAAAGAUCUCCUACAGCACUCCGCAGGGCAAGGGUGAGGUCAUGAAGAUCCCCUCCAGAGUGCACGGCUCAGUCAAGCCAUUCUGCCCCAAACAGCUGGUGCAGAAUGGGGUGGGAGAAAAUGGUAAGACGCCUUCUGAUCCCACCAAGGAGCAACGGCACAUUCUAGAUGCCACAAGGUCUGGCCUCACCGUAUCCAUUCCCAAACUCAAACUAACCAGGCCUUUUACAACCGUGGGUCAGGACUUGCCUUCCCCAAAGAUCCGCUUGAGACCCCCUCAGAGGGAAGGUGAGGAGAGAGUAGUCGAGUAUGAGGCAGAACUAGUAGGAGGCACCAGGAGACGAAGCCCCAGGGUGCCCGGGCCCUGCCUCCCCCAUUCUGAAGACUCAGGGGAAGGCAAAAACUCUCUAGAAUUGUGGUCAGGGAGUUCAGGAGAGGAGGCGGAGCGCGGCCACAGCGACCUCACCCUUCUCAUCAAUUUCCGUAAGCGCAAAGCAGAUUCUUCGAGCCUGUCGGUCUGCAGCAGCGACAGUCUAGAUGAGUCCAAGUCCUUCAGCUCUGACGGCACCUCACCAGAGCUGUGCGAUUUGGCCCCAGGUGAAGACCUGUCCGUAACCUCCUCUUCUGUACCCUCACGGGAAGACUGCAAGACAGUCCCGCCGCUUACGGUGCGGCUUCACACCCGCAGCAUGACAAAGUGUGUAACCGAAGAGGGUCACGCCGUGGCGGUAGGCGACAUUGUGUGGGGGAAGAUUCACGGCUUCCCCUGGUGGCCAGCACGCGUCCUCAGCAUCAGCGGCACCCGCAAACAGGAGACGGCCAAUUGUGAGGCCCAGUGGCCCCAGGCAAAGGUCGCGUGGUUUGGUUCACCGACAACCUCCCAGCUCUCCGUUGCGAAACUGUCACCCUUCAGAGAAUUCUUCAGGUCCCGCUUCAACCGCAAGAAGAAAGGGAUGUACCGGAGAGCCAUCCUAGAGGCCGCCAAGGCCGUGGGCCACAUGGGCCCAGAGAUUACAUCGCUGCUUUCCCACUGCGACACGUAGAGGCUGAGGACUGACUAAAGGACUGGUUUUUCUGAAUUCUCAGACUGCAUCAAGACCCAGGAGGGAGUAUGUGAGGUUGCCACGGCUACUAUUUAUAAAUGCCGUUUUUUUUGUUUUGUUUUUUUUCUUUUCACAAGGCUGGUAGAAAAAUGGCUGUCAAGGUGGAGUGGCGUUGAGACUGGAUAAGGGAGCAAAAAAAAAAGGCCAGGGUUCUCGUGGUCUACUAUGAACUAUUCCUACAAUUUUUUUAUUUUAUUUGAUUUUUUUCUAGAUUUAAUCAUAUUUCUGUAGAGCCGAAUAACGACACUACAAGGACCCAAAUGUAUUUAUUAUCUGGAAUGGUUUAUUAUGAUCCACCCUUCUACUGCAAUCUCACAAAACCUCCCAGUCUGCUGCUGUCAUUAUCACGGCCCUCGCUGCUGAUGUGUUCACUGCGAGGUCCAACUUGGCCGGCCAGAGGAAGCUGGUGGCAUUCCGAAAGGAACACCCCACCCACCACCCCAUACCCCCCCCAUCUUGGACAGGAGAUGUUUAACCACGGUUUGAAAAGUCUUACCCUGAAUCUUCUUACUUCUGAAAAUGUGAACGGCUCCAUCCAGAGACGGUAGUGUUCCAGCUCUUCUAGCGAUCAGUGUUCCAUCCUCGUAGCCUUCUGCGACAUUAGUUGGAUUUGUGGAUGUAUUUAUACUGAACUCUGUUCCUCUCCAGAAUCAUGUUGUGCGUCUCUCUCUUCAUUUCAUUUUGUAACUUUAGGAGUGUCAUGUCCCCCAACUUCCCCUCCCAACCUUUUAUUUUUCCUGAGAACCAUUUUUACAUCACUUUAAUUAUUUAAAACGUCACGUUUAAGAAAAAAAAGCACUUUAUCUGUACCUUGGUGGCCUGCUGUAAGCUCACUGUCUGAAACACUAUUGCGAGAUACAGCCCUGAUAGGCAGCAGGGGAGUCCGGGAGUCUUUGUGGUUGACUAUCCUUGGCCUUGGAGAUACAAAAAAAAAAAUCAUUUUUUGUUUUAUUUUAUUGUACGAUUUUUGGGGACACCAGACACGGAUGGUUGUGUACACUGUAUUCUCGCAUUUGACUUGGUGUGUCCUCUCUCAGCUUAUCUGCCACACACACACAACGAAAGUCCACGUUAAACAUUUCCACUGGAGAAACAUGGGUGAACAAAUGUGUCAAAACCCCCUAUGCAUUAUCAGUUAAAGCUUUAUGAGUGACUUUGGGAGAAGGUUAAAAAAAACAAAAAAAACAACAUGCUGUAAGAAUACUGUGAAUUCAUCUGCUGAGUGUGCUGAAGAAAAGCUCGCUACUAGUUGGAGCCUGCAGUUAUUGAGUCAUCCAAGAAAAGCAGAUUGCAGUCCUGACCUUUAGUGACCUUUUGUGUUUGAAGCAGCACUGUUGGAUUGGGGGGGGGGGCAGCAAAGGCAAGAGACCACGGCUGUCAAGCACAGCCCAGUCUGUAUUAAAAACUUACCGAAGAUUGCACACAGUCACGCUCAGCCAACCAGCCCGUCUCCUUUUCUGCCUCUCUGGGAACACUUUGUUCAGAUUGAGGCUGAAAACUAGCUCAGUGAUUGUCAAUGAGAGAAGUGUGUUCAUUAGAGGAGCACGUAAUGCACUCCUCCCAGUUUGAUCAUCUGCGGUUUGACUGUUUGCUGUCAAGGCCGGCUAGUUUCCAGGCAGCCUCACACAGCGAGGAGUGGGAGAGCCUAAAUGUAUGUAUGCCUGAGAGGGGAAACUGUCGUCAGGAUUUUCCCGUGUAUGAGCAACAUGGCUAUCUACUGUUGCGCAUGUCGGUCAAUGUUAUUGGCUACUUUUUUUUGGUUGUUUUCUUUUUUACAUGUACUGUACAUAAAAUAAAAUAUAAAGCAAUA